CGGGUUGUUGUCCUUGGUAGUGGCUGGGGUGGCUUUCAGCUGGCCCUCAAUCUGGACAAGUCUAUUCCAUUGACCGUUGUUUCACCGCGCAAUCAUUUUGUGUUCACACCAUUACUACCUUCCGCUUCGGUCGGGACCUUGGAGUGUCGUUGUAUACAGGAACCCGUUAGGACUAUUCUCGGAAGUAACGGUAGCUACCUACAGGCUAAGGCCCGCACUCUCGAUACAGCCAACAAACGUAUUUUGUGCGAAUCCAUUCACAACGAAUUGUUCGAAGUGGAAUACGACAAACUUGUGAUUGCGGUGGGUGUCAAGACGAAUACGUUCGGCAUCGAGUCCAUCAAACAAGCCGCCAGUGCCCACGACGAUGUGUUCUUUCUGAAGCACUUGGCCCACGCUCGGGCCAUUCGGACCAACAUCAUUGAUAGUUUUGAACAGGCUGCCAUUCCGACGGUAACUGAUGCCGAACGCCGGCGUCUACUCAGUUUUUUGGUCGUCGGCGGAGGACCUACAUCGUGCGAAUUCACCGCCGAGCUACAUGAUUUUAUCAAAAAAGAUGUGACACGUCUGUACCGAGAGUUACUACCACACGUUAGUAUUACCAUCGUAGAGGCAGGCCCAGCUCUAUUAGGACCAUUUGACAAAGCUUUGCAGGACUACGCUCAAGGUUUGUUCAAGAAGCGCGACAUUGAUGUACGCUUGGGUACGGCUGUUGUGGGAGUUGAGGAUUUUGAAGGGCCAGGCUACCGCUUUCCAGCCAAACGGGCUCUUUUUUCGGACGGCACCAAACACGAGUUUGGUACUAUGGUAUGGUCAGCCGGAUUAGCGCCGCGAACAUUCACGGAAGAGCUAGGAGAUAACAUUGCGAGACAUCCCAGAACUCACCGAAUUUUGGUGGACGAGUUCCUUCGUGUGAAAGGCCACGAGGGCUCAAUCUGGGCCAUUGGGGAUGCGGCCAUCAACGAAACUGGAGAGCCGAUACCACAGCUCGCGCAAGUUGCUCGACAGCAAGGGAUCUAUCUUGGAAAGGUCUUCAACGGCAAAUACAGAGAAGAUGAAAAACCGUUUCAGUUCUUUAGUUUGGGUUCCAUGGCAUUCAUGGGAGAAUCGAAAGGGAUUUACGACGGGUCGACCGCGGGCCCUUUGCGAGAUCCGAAUAAUAAGUCGGUGCAUCACUGGACACCGCCGGCACUGAGAGGCAUUUUAGCCGUCCUUCUUUGGAGAUUUGCAUACUGGGGACGUCAAACAAGUGUUGCCAACAAGAUAAUGAUCCCGAUUCAUUGGUUGAAAGCUUACAUUUUCGGUCGCGACAUUUCUCGCUACUAA